UCGAUUAUUUACCAACGAUGUGAAGUAAUCAUGUGCGCAGAAGAGGAAUCGCAAUUAAAAAACAAUAAAUAUUUUUAAACCCUUUGUAAAUCCUCUGCCAGGAAUAUGGCUUGCUUCUUCAGACGAAUAAUAGCAGCGAAGCUGGGCAGGACGCUGCAUCAGCCCGAUGACGUCUUCGUACCUGCUCUGUCAGCUGUCCCAGUCUUUAAGAAACAGCAGACUUCUGACUUUAAGCUGACAAUUAGCGUUUUAAGAAGUAAUGGCGUCUUACCAGUCAGUGGAGACAUCCAGACGCAAACAGAACACUUGGCCCAGCAGCUAAAGCGGGACAAUGUAGUGGAGGAGAUAACAGCGGGAAGUUCCGUAAUCAACUUCAAACUCAACCGCGAACUUCUUGCCCAGAAAAUCCUACAACCGUUUGGAACGGAGCACCAUGGCAAAUUCGGUCUUCGUAGCGAACUUUUUAAUUUUCUUCAGAAGGGAACGACAUUAGUAGAGUACAGCUCUCCAAACAUUGCCAAAAAGUUCCACGCAGGACACUUACGAUCUACUAUUAUAGGUAACUUUGUCGCCAACUUGAAAGAGUCUCUUGGGAACAAAGUCAUUCGAAUGAACUACCUCGGAGAUUGGGGAAUGCAGUUUGGUUUGCUGGGAGCAGGUUUCAGCCAAUUUGGGAGCCAGGAGCAGUUGGAAGAAAACCCUUUACAGCACUUGUUUGAGGUAUACGUAAAGGCGAACAAGGAAGCCGAGCGCAACGAGGACACGAUGCUGGCGGCCAGGGACUUCUUCCGACGCCUGGAGCGGCACGAGAGUCGGGCUGUGUCGCUAUGGCAACAAUUCAGGGACAUCACUGUGAGCGAGUAUCGGCGUGUUUACGAGCGGUUAGGGGUCCACUUUGAUGUCUACUCGGGGGAGUCUUGUCACCAGGAGGGAGUUGACGAGGUGGUGCGGCAGCUGCAGAACCGAGGCCUGUUGAAGACCACAGAGAAGGGGACCGGCGUUGUGGAUCUUUCACCCGGAGACGUGAGCAACGUUUGCACCGUCCUCCGCAGCGAUGGGACAAGUUUGUACAUCACCAGGGACAUCGCAGCAGCCAUUGACCGGAGAGAAAAGUACAAUUUUGAUGAGAUGAUUUAUGUGACAGAUAAAAGUCAAACGCAUCACUUCCGGCAGUUGUUCCAGAUCCUGCGAGCGAUGGGGCAUUCUUGGGCUGACAGGUGUUCACACGUGCCAUUCGGCCUAGUGCAGGGCAUGAAGACCAGGACCGGUGAGGUGGUGUUCUUGGAGGACGUUCUGGACGAGGCUCGGGCUAGGAUGCUGCACAACAUGAGCCAGUCAAAAAUGACCAAGGAAAUGGACGACGCAGAGGACACGGCGCAAAAAGUGGGAAUCAGUGCAUUAAUAGCUCAGGACUUCAAAGGUCCGCUGCAGGGGGACUACAAGUUUGACUGGGACAAGAUGCUGCAGGCUCAGGGAGACACGGGCGUUUUCCUCCAGUAUACGCAUGCACGCCUCUGCAGUUUAAUACGGAAGAACAGCAACAUCGACGCAGCCACAUUCGACCCGUCGCUCCUCACCGAGCAGUCGAGCGUUUCCAUUCUUCAACACCUACUCCGCUACGACGAGGUGCUAUACAGGUCGGCCCAGGACCUGCAACCCAAACACCUGCUCAACUUCCUGUUGAAGCUGUGCCACUUGACUGCCUCGGCGCACAGAGAGCUGCCAGUCAAAGGGAGCCCACAACAAGUAGCCCAGGCAAGAAAGAGACUUUUCAGCGGGACCUGCUCGGUUCUGGCAAACGGGAUGAAAAUUCUUGGGAUCAUUCCAGUCGAUAAAAUGUAAAUAUUUAAUCAUGAGUUCACUUAUUAAAAACAAAGACAAAAAUCUGUUA